AUGGCUAUUCCGUCGCCAACCCUGUCUGCCAAGAAGGCUGAUGUAACUGAUGAGCAUGUUCAACCUGGCGAACAGCUCGUCGCGAAUCACACAGGUGGGACUGACCAUUCGAUCUUCGAUGAACCUCAGAUAAAGCUUGGCGCCGCGAACCCCAAUGAUUCAGAAAAGAUAUCCUCCAAACCGAGUUCCAUUCUCCAGUCGCCCCAGGACGAUGCCAACAUCGCCGCCGGCAAUGAUGCUGCAAAAGUCGCCCCAAUCUUGCUCAACUCCGAAACCUUUAGAUCAGCGAAGUAUGAGGAUCUUGACAAAGAACUGGAAUCAAGAUACGCUAAACGCAACCGAAAAAAGUUGAAGAGCUUUUAUACGAAACAAAAUGAUCUAAUAGAUGAAUAUUUGGGCGUCGAAGAGGAGGAACAACUCGCAUCUGAUGAGGAGAUUCGAAUGCGGCCGCGGAUUAGGUUUGCGGUAUAUGCGUCUUUCACGGCCAACCUUUGUCUUUUUAUCAUUCAGAUGUAUGCUGCUAUAUCUACAGGCUCGCUUGCGCUCUUUGCUACGGCAGCCGACGCUUUCAUGGAUCUGGUCUCAUCGUGUGUGAUGCUCAUUACAUCAAAACUUGCUCGGCGACCGAGCAUUUACAAGUUCCCGGUUGGCCGCACCAGGAUCGAGCCAGUUGGUAUCAUCGUCUUUUGCGCAUUGAUGGCCACGGUAGCUGUUCAGUUAUUAAUUGAAUCUGCUCGUCAUCUCGCCGAUGGCGAGCGUGAAUCUAGUCCUCUACAACCUAUACCACUUUCGCUCGUUGGUGUCGCAAUAUUGAUGAAGAGCUCUUUGAUGGUCUAUUGCUUCUUCUACAGGCGCUUCCCAUCUGUGCAUGUCUUCUUCAUAGACCACCGUAAUGAUAUUGUUGUCAACAUCUUUGGUCUGGUCAUGUCAAUUGUCGGAGACCACUUCAUCUGGUAUCUGGAUCCAGUCGGCGCAAUUUGCAUUGCUCUGCUGAUCCUCUUCUCCUGGGCAUCCAACGCGUUCGAACAAGUCUGGCUUCUUGCAGGCAAAGGAGCACCCAAGACGUACGUGUCGAAACUAAUUUAUGUGACUCUCACUCAUAGUGUUCAUGUUCUUAAGGUUGAUACGUGUCGAGCGUACCACGCAGGACAGAAGUACUACGUUGAGGUCGACAUUGUCAUGGACGCAGACACGCCGCUUCGCACUUCUCACGACGUCAGUCAAUCGUUACAAAGAAAACUUGAAGGGCUGGCAGAUGUGGAAAGAGCAUUUGUUCAUGUGGAUUACGAACAUGACCACAAUGUUCAUGAGGAGCACAAACCGCUCUAUGAGAAUGUUCAGCUGAAGACGCUGAGAGAUUAUUUUCGCUCUUUUAUCAGAAAAAGGAGAAAUUGA